GCAUGAUUAACGGGAUGGACUCUUGCGCCCAGAACGGCACCGCCUCCUCCAACUCCUCCCAGAGCGGCCACAUCGAGGAGUCCAAGACAAACCUCAUCGUGAACUACCUGCCGCAGAACAUGACGCAGGAGGAGAUCCGCUCCCUGUUCUCGUCCAUAGGCGAGCUGGAGUCGUGCAAGCUCAUCAGGGACAAAGUCACAGGUGAGUCAGGACAGAGUCUUGGCUACGGAUUUGUAAAUUACGUCCGGCAGGAUGACGCCGAGAGAGCCAUCAACCAGCUUAACGGUCUACGUCUUCAGAACAAAACUAUAAAGGUGUCGUACGCCCGCCCGAGCAGCGAAGCCAUCAAGGGCGCCAACCUGUACGUGUCGGGGCUGCCCAAGUCCAUGACGCAGCAGGACCUGGAGGGCAUGUUCAGGGCCUACGGCUCCAUCAUCACCUCGCGGAUCCUGUGCGACAACAUCACCGGCCUGUCGAAGGGCGUGGGCUUCAUCCGGUUUGACCAGCGCAUCGAGGCGGAGCGCGCCAUCCAGAAGCUGAACGGCACGAUCCCCGACGGCGCCGCGGAGCCCAUCACCGUCAAGUUCGCCAACAACCCCUCCAACAACAACAAGGCUGUCCCCCCCCUGGCCGCCUACCUCUCGCCCCUGACCCGCCGCUACGGGGGGCCCAUCCACCACCCGGCCGGCCGCUUCCGCUACAUUCCGCUCUCCCCCCUUACCAGACAUUCCUUGGUGUUCCCUCAAGUGAAAACGAUAGAUUCACUGCCGGAGGAGCCCUCAAAUCUUGCACAAGAUAUGAAAAGCAAGUUAGUGACGCCUGCGGGAGCUGCACGCAGGGGUCGAGAUCCUCAAAUGGCUUCCGGGGAUGAUGAUCCUGACCCAAGGUAUUCCCCAGGCUCGGGUGAUAACCUGCUGGGGAACUCCCUCCUUCCCGGCAGCGCCCUCAACGGCUCCGGCUGGUGCAUAUUCGUGUAUAACCUGGCCCCCGAGACCGAGGAGAACAUCCUGUGGCAGCUGUUCGGGCCCUUCGGCGCGGUGCAGAACGUGAAGGUGAUCCGGGACCUGCAGACCAACAAGUGCAAGGGCUUCGGCUUCGUGACGAUGACCAACUACGACGAGGCGGUGGUGGCCAUCCAGUCGCUCAACGGCUACACGCUGGGCAACCGCGUCCUCCAAGUGUCGUUCAAGACCAACAAGCACAAGAGUUAAGGUGGUGGUCCCUCCAGACGUCCGGGCUCCAGCCGCCGUGCCGCAGCCCGGGGGCCGGCUGCCGCGCCCUCCCUCCGGGGCGGGCGCGCCACACGGCCCCCGGCGGCGUGGCCAGGACACGGGGGCCAUGUGCUAGUCAGGGCCUCGCGAGGACCCCGGGCGACCCACUCCGCUCCCCGGCAGCAGCAGCGCCCGGCUCGCGUGGGCCGGCCCGGGCUGGGGCCAUGGCCGCCGGAGGUCGCCGCGGCCCCUGGGUCCCGCCCCCUGCUGCCCGGACUGGGCCCCUCCCCCUGCCGUGGCGGGGGGAGCGCGGAGGGCGUCUGGCGCCCGCACCCCGCCAUCCAAAUAUAUGUAUAUUAGAACGUACUUACUACAAACACUUUAUCAAGAGUCAUAUGACCGUAUUAUCCCAAAGCAGAACUAGUCGGCUAAGUGAGUAUGUAUCACAAGGUGCUAGUUGCACUAAGGCCAGUAGUGGGCUCGGUCCCGAGUGCCGCUCUUCGCUGAUAUCAUUAUACUGUAAGUUGUCAAGUUGUCGAGUCCUCAAAACCGCGAGUGUGAAUGGGUUCGCG